UUCUGAGGGACGGUUGGGCUCGCGGCGCCGUCCGUUGACGCUAACGGUCGCGGUGGGCUCUCGCGCCGCUGCGGGCGGCGUUGGCGGGAAGGCCGCUGCGCUGCGGGGCGGCGUGAAGGGGCUCAGCCUGAAGCGAAACGGCGCCCGUCAGAAACCGUGCUCAGUGCUGCGGGGGUGGGGGAGCGGGGAAGGAAGCCUUUUUGUUUCGACCGUUAAAUAAACCAGCGAAUGAGAACCUUGUCGAACUUAGCGAGUUCUUGCCCUGCUGAGGCAAAGCACCGCUUCCUCUUGGAAGGUCCCUAAUCAAUCGCCUGCGUACAUUGCUCUAAACAUAGAUGGCUACAAAAUAGCAACUAAAAUGCAGGGCCGUUCCCCAGGAGCCCGUGUGCAAAUUCAGCAACAAAGCAUGCAUAGAGCUAGGACAAGAAACAGCACCGUUUAAUCAUGUCCGUAUGGCCUGUAGCCUGUGGGCACUGAGCAAAUCACUUCGGGGCCUGCCAGAGUAUGGCCUUGGAGCAGAUAACAGGAAAGGACUGGUACCAAGUCCUAGGCGCGCAGCCAUCGGACAGCCCGGCCGAGCUGAAGCGGAAGUACCAAAGACUCGCUUUGUUGUAUCAUCCAGACAAACAGAAGGCAGAUGUGCCAGCAGGAGAAGUGGAGGAGCGUGUGCAGAGGUUCAUCGAAAUUGAUCAAGCGUGGAAAAUUCUAGGGAAUGAAGAGACAAAAAAAGAGUAUGACCUGCAGCAGCGUGAAGUUAAUCUGACAAAAGAAUGGCCGUUACAUGCACAGAUUUUUCUUGAGGAUAUGUCCUGGAACGAAGAUGAACAAUGUUACACUCUUUCAUGCAGAUGUGGUGGGAGUUAUGCUGUCUCCAAGAGUGAAACCAAAGAUGUAUCUUUGGUCUGUUGUGACACAUGUUCACUUGUUAUUGAGAUCCUUCAGUGAUUGCUCUGGACAGACACAUUGAGUUACAAACUUUCAAAACAUCCGAUGCAAAGGACAGCAGCUCAUUGGACAAAUGGGACAACAGGAGGAUGCUCCAAGUUCAGUCAGUCUUAGGAGAGGAAACGUGCCCAUUUACUAACAUACCUCUGAAAACAUGGUACUUGUUUUUUUAACUCUUCAACUCAAGAGCAAUUUAUAAAAAACUUCCAGAACACAACGCUAAGUUCUGUACACCUGGACUGUAUCUCAGGAUCUAAAUAACCUUUCUUUCCCAGCAAACAGAGUAGCUUCUUUCAGUCUCCGUCUCUUAUCAACUGCAGCUUGGGCCUUACCUCUUAAGUAAGUUAAAUCCUUUUGAAGGCUCAGAUGACAAAAUGUAAUCAGGAGGCAUAAAUGUGAGAACGUUUUGAAGAUAAUCAAGAAUCCAGGCCUGUUAAUGGCAAACGGGAAUAUUUUCUAUUUCGAUGCUAAAUUAGUCUCCAAUAAAUUCUGAAAAAGGACUUGACCCUUAGAAAGAGGUGGCAGAGACUUGCAGAUCUUGCUGGCUAGUUGUCCUGGUACAAAGUAGCAGGUACAGUGCUCAUUCACCAACACUGCAUUUACAUUAACUGUUCAGCUUCAUCAGAACCAGGAGUACACUGCUCAACUGACUCCAUCCAUUAUCUGAACAAAUGCAGGCUUCAUUCCUUAUAUGACCCCUACUGGGCAUACAGUCUCUUGGGUCAAAUUGGAGCUAUUUUGAGGAAAACCCUACAAAACACAUAUGAGUAAAUGGAUAUCUGAGCCUCAAGCUCUUCUGUUUAAAUCCUAGCAUGCCACAUUACUUGCUAAUAUAGGUGUAGCCUCUGCGUAGCUCUAGCUGUGUGACAAUGUAAUAGUGCACUGCCUUCUUCGUUGCUUAUUAACAGUCAGUGUUAACUCUGUCUUCUAGUAAAAUUCAAAACUUUUUGAAUAAAUCCAAGCACUUACCGUGAAUAGCCAGAGGAAACAAAAUAAGAGGCAUAUCAUUGUUGAUGAUGACAGCAGUGUAUCAUUCCCAUUUAAAGUUAGAUAUAAUCACAGAAAGAAGGGACAUCCUUGUCAAGUAACACUUGUGUUUAUUUUAAAGAAAAAUAAUUCCAUUGAUUUCAGUAGAAAAUAUUACACACGCUGGCAAUAGUCAUUUGAUUCUGUCAAUCAUCAAGAAAUCUAUGGCCAUUGGGGCUUGCGCGUAGAAAUCCAAAGUCAUUCAGAGGCCAUAUCUGUAAAAUAAUGAGAUUUUUAUCACAACUCCAAGUUCACUAUUUUCAUUUGUUCUUGUUGUAAGUUUUCAUAAACUGAAUCAUAUUUUAUUGUAACACAAGCAUUGAAACUUCUCACCUGUGUGAGAAAUAUAUACUGUAUGCCAGGAGAACUCCUAAUUCUGUAGUGGCUGGAGACAACAUUAAUUAAUUCUCAGCAUACUUUUCCUACGGAGAGCCCAAAAGCACUCUUUUUUUUCAGCGCUGGAAAUAAAUACAUUCCUAGAAAAUGUCUUCUAAAUUCAAUGUUUUCUAGCUUGUAAGCCUCUUAAGUUAAAAGACACAGUAUAUAUAUUUGAUGCAUCUAGAGAAGAAAAUACCGUGAGCGUUUCCUCCCAGUGAAAUCAUUUCUGAGGUACACAUUUGUAUUUUUAAGAUGAGCAUCUGAAGUACUUAGACUGAAGCUUGAAAAAAGAAUUCCAUGGGCUUACAGGUAAGCUUAUACCAUGCAAAAAGGUAUGAAGGGGUGGAGUGCCUGCUAUCAGGAAGUGCUCUUAACCAGGGGGCCCCUUUGAGAAGGCGACAAUGGAAAGAGCACAAAUCAGGAUCGUAUACAAGCGCAAGUGUCAGAGUGAUGCUCACAAGGAGGAACUUUCUCCAGAAGUUAACUGUAUAGGUGUUUAAACUACUGAAUGCUCCCACGAGCACUUGCUUCUGAAUCAUCACAAAGUAUGUGUAGGCUGGCUGGUCUUGGAUGCAAAACAGGUAAUGUGAAAUCAAGAACAUUCUUUUACAGCAUCUCCUCUGACUGCCUCUCUUUUCAAUGCAUGUUCUUUCAAAGACGGCACCAGGGGAUCAGCAGGGAGAAAGCAAAGAGGUGAUGUUGAAGAACCAAUGUCCUCCUGUGACUCUAAUCCUAUAAAAAUCUCACAGCCUCUGCUCAAAUGAAGCGACCUAAACAUGGAAAGAUGAUGUGCUAUCUUGUUCCCCAAACAUCUGUUAGUAUGAUGUCUAUCUUGCUCAUCUUUCCUUAGAAUUUGAUCUUAAGGAAGGUAUGCAGUCGCCUUCUAGGAAGAGCAAAUUCCUCUUCAAUUGAAUUUAUGGAAUAUCCACAGCACAGAAGGAGCCUUGCUGCUUUCUGCGUGAAGUAGAAAAGUCAUUUUUUUCUGCUUGCAAGGGGAAGCAGAGUGCUGAGGUUCAGUAUUUCAGUCUCUGUGACUUGUCCUCAAUAUUACUACUGCAAUUACGGAAGAGGCAAAGGCACGUAGGAAUGAGAGACUGAGAGGGAAGAAACAGCAUCGACUUAAUACUAGACUGGGACAGUGCACUACUGGAAGCUUGCAUGGACUUGCAUCCCUCAGGCCCCUUCUAGCACUGUAGUAAGUUGCAACAAAUCAAUUAGAUUGUACCUAAGCCCUUGAGAAGAUACAAGGAUGAGUGAGUUAUUCCCAGGACAUCAUGUUCUCUGGAUCUGAAAAAGGCUCAAAGCUCUGUUGAUCAAGUAUCGUUGAGCAUACAUGUCUUUUUCUAGCACAUGCAGCUGAGGAAGAGCAUGAGGAACGUCUGCUAAUAGUCAGAAAUAAAUGUCUCUACAUGCAUAUUAACCCGUGAGCUGAUUUAAGUUCCACAGAAAUAUAGAGUGUUAUGAAACAAUAACAGAAGGCUAUCGGUGGCUUUGGCUAGAAGUAAAGCUACAGAAUUCAAGGUUUUGCAGAAAGACCUAUGCUGGCUACAGGCUGGCUGUCAUGUCCUUGUUUGGCUUCAAAGCAGACAGGAGUAAAAGGAGGCAGGAAUAUUCCAUAUUACAGAUGUAAGCCCAUCUGAGUAAAGGCCCAGAGGAGGGAAGCCAUUUGCUACAGUACAAACAAUUUCAGGCAACUUAAAUCACACAUUCUGCAACUUUACUUGCUUUCAGUGACAGUUUCAGAAGAACACUUUCAGAAGUGUUUUAAAUAUUAUUUGACUGUAUAGUUUCAAAUUCAUCACAGUAAUCUUAGUGGUAGAUUUAGAAAGAAAAUAAUGGUUUAUCUAGUUUGCACACUGGGGAGAAUCUGAGAAACAAAACUUCCAGUUGGAAAGAAGAUGGAACAAGUGUUCCGUGUAAAACAAAGACAUGCCACUGCGUGUAAUAAUUCCCAACAGAAGUUGACUCUGACUUGUUGGUUCAAACUGGCUAGUCCAAUUAGUGGCUAUUUCCUUUUGCCCUCUUUGGUUUGGCCAACAUAAAUCUGAUCUGAUGGAUGGGGCAUAAAUGGGGAUAACUAGCUCUUUUGAAGAUACUCGGCAAGUCUAGCUCUGACGUGAAGCGUAUGUCCAGGGAAUGCAGAGACUAUCCCGUGUAGGAUAGGACGAAGCACGAGUUCUGUCAAAGAAGGGAGUCCUCCCCUCAGUGGGGUUUUACUGAAUCUGCAGCUACUCAUCAUUUCAGUGGCCUUUUGAUGCAAUGAGGGUAUUAACUAUCUGAACAGCAGCUGAUAUGCUGGCAAGAAGGAAAUGGGACAAAUGUAUUCAACUAUCGUUUCUUCCCUCUGAGUUAAAACCUGGUGCAGCAACACUGAGAACCUUAGGUCUAAACUUCACAGAUAAACGUUAAUUCUUUCUGUAACUUAUCUAUAUUUCACCAAGAAUAGAUUACUUAAAUAAAGCUGGCAUAAGGUUGCUUUCUUCUGUUGAAAUCCCUUACUUCCACAUUAGAUCGGCAACAUUCUUGUUAGUAGUUCUUUGCAUCUAAAAAUGACUAAAAAUGUAACUUAGGAUUCAAAGGCACCAUUGCAUCUGCUUCUCCAAAGUCCACUGUAAGAUAAAGCAAAUUAAGCUGCCUUUCUCAAGACAGUAAGAGAUUUUUCAUGAUGCCAGAGAUGCCAAAUGUUUAGCAGACUACAUUAAAAGAAGGUUUUCUUGGCCAGUGGGCUGCUAAUUAGCUACAACCAUGUGCAAUAGCUGUGUUCUGGGGCCUUUCACUGUAGCAAUCAGUGACAACAUACAAUAGCUAGAUCACUGUAGUCUGAUGUGAAACACCAUAAACAACUACAACUAUAAACAGACUUCUGAAGAAUAAACUCAUUUUUGCUUAAAUCUCAUUAAAAUGUUAAUAAUCACUAGCCUAUUCACACCACAAAAUAACUGUUAUAAAAAUGUUUAAAAAGAAAUGAUUAUUUUAAUCAAGUAUCAACUGAUUGCACACUCUUUUUAAACAGACAAUAUUCUGGAGUUCUAAAGUACUUCUUCAGCAUGUAACAUCUGUGGUGUAAGUUCCAUUCAUUUCACAAGGGUAUUGACUGCUUCCCCAACUUAGAAUUCAGUCUUGUCACCUCAUUUAAAGUCUCUCAGACAUCUUGCUUGGUGGGAUACAAGCUAACACAAAUCUAUUGCUGUGGAGAGAUAAUGUGAAAAAUUAUGGCCGUCCACAUAGAAAGGUUACUAAUAGAGUCACUAUUUACUAACAGUCUCCUUAAAGUAGUGAACACCACUUUUUCUAUGCUAGCACGUCAGCUGGAGAUUAUUUAUUUGUUGCAUGAUGAAUACCAGAUUCCCAUUAAAAGGUCGGUCAGCAUAUUAGCAUCAUCUGGUUUCUAAAAGUUAAUAAUCCAAUAUAAAACUUUACUCAUGAAAGUGGCCCUACGUGACAAGGCAAACAGCACAGAGGAGGAAGAGGGAACCCUCAGUGAACGCUAGGGAAGAGCUCAAAGCGAAUGUUAUCUAUCAAGAAUACAGCUCAGGCAAAACCUAGCGGCGGUCGUGAGCGUUUACUAAGCAGUUAGAGACCGUGGUCAGGAGCUGCCAGACUGGUUUGCAUUUUUUUUGUUUGUUUUUUGAAAGGUCCUAAGCUGUGUUCAGAAAAACUGUAAAUAGACCUUUCCAAUUUAACAAAGUUUUGUAGAUUCCUCACGCAUGUAAUACAGCUCAAAUUAUACAUUUGUGGCUGUUUUGCAAUAGAUGCAGAAUGGUUUUGAAAACUAUUCUUAAUUGUUCUGAAUGAUACCAUUUGAAAUCUAGCUUUUGAAAAGGCAGUGCAUAGGUCUACAUAGUAUAGUACUAUAUAAUACACUCUCCCUCACUUCUUGGAUUAAAAUUUUUAUGGUGAGGAAACUUAGUUUCUUCUUUUUGCUAAAUGAGCAAAUUAAUAAUGCAGACAAUAUGAAAAAGUAGCUUAGUGUGAAAUAAGGCUUUAGAAUUGCUGAAACAGAAGAAGAUGGAACCGUGUAGGUUUAUACAAUACAGAACAAAGUUUUUUGGUUUUUGUUUUUUUAAUGAAGAAGUGGAGGAUAAUUGCAGUCGCACAGAUGCGAUUUCACUGUUAAAGGUUUUUCACUGAUUUAGCAAGGCCGGUCCAUAAGUCUGAAUUAUGUAUGCAGGUCCUAGAACCUCCAUCUUUGGUUUUUCCAUUAUGGAAAUACAUUUCUCAAGUUACAGCAACACAGAAGUAGGAAGCUGCCCUUCUCCACUAUUUUGCAACAGCAAAAAUCACAUUAAGGAUAGAGGAUACUUUUCAUGCAGCAGCGUGUGUAUGUUUGUAUACAGUUUGGUUUUGCUGGCAAAAUAAUUCAGUCAGUUUUCAAAGGCAGCGACUGCUCAAAGAACGAUUCUCAAAAACAAAUCCUUGCUCAAGAAUUCUGCCAAACCUCAAAAGAUUGUUACGUUAUCCUCUUACUGCAAGUGCCCAGUGUUUGGGCUCUCCUUACAUUUGCUUUGGCCAGACAGUUAAGGCGGCACAUUUUAAUGCCUAACAUACAUGCAUUACAAAUACAUUAAUGCAAAUAUUUUAGAUACUAAAAAUACCUUAAAACAAAUGCGUCCUCUUAUCAGUCCGUAAGGAACAGGUCCAUAGCACCUGGAAUCUGUGGAAUUCCUCAGAUUAUCACCUUCUAACCAAACGUGUCCUUUAGGCACCUAUGAUUAAGCAGGAUUGAAUUGAAAGGUAGAGAGAAAACAGAAUAGAAAGGUACUAAGUUUUGUUUGCCUUAUAUUGCCUAAUUUCUGCUUUCUAUAUUUCAUGACUGCGUGAUGAACUAAUUUUUAUUUUAUCUAAUAAGACACAGUGCCAGAUUUGGAGGGAUGAGAGGGAGCGCUCUAAAGUAUCUGUUCUAUCAUGUGCUCAAAAAACAAUGGUUUGCAACAAAAAAUCCUAAAUGAAGAUGUAAGAGGUUAGACCAAUGUGACAGGGUCAUUAAUUUAAUAGACUUCAAAAGAGGUCAUUAGGAUGUUGACUGAAAAUCUGCCCUCCUGUCGCAGUAACAGCAUGAACAGGGCAGCCACACACUCAUCAACAUCCUGGGGCCAGCACCAAGGCUAGACCUGUUAGUAGAUUCAUGAUGAACUAACUGGUAAUUGAUUGUGACAUCAAUUACGAAUAAUCUCAUCAUUUUAUCGGAGUAGGCUUGUCAAAGUUCUAAUUAAGAUCACAGUUCAUUCUAUGUGCAGGCAGAAUCCACAACACAUUAUAUUGCAAUAAUGAUGAUCACAAAACAGCAAAUCCCUUUUUAUAAUUUGAAAAUUAAUGAUGGUGACCUUAUACUAUAUGACAAAGACCUUUCAUUGCCUAUAUAUAUUAUGCCUUAACUAUAUUACGUACCACAGAGGAACGGUGUUCAGUGACUGACUCGAUGACAAAAUGAGAAAUAGCAACACAGCUAUUAGCUAGAUAAGAGGACAGAGCUUUCUUAAGUGAAGAAGUCACUAUUAUUUGUCUUAAAUUAAGAUUUCUGCUUGGAAUAUAUGACCCUAUUUUGACUUCUGUAGAAAGCACUUUAGAUAUAGAUAACCUCUUACAAGUUACCAAAUAAAAUAUUUAGUACUUUUUUUUCUAAUCUUUCUAAAAUGCUACAACAGCCUGAAAAAUUAAAAGUAGCAACAUAUUCCCAAUCUAGAUACUAUUUGACAUGGACUUUAAGGGUAACAUACAUUUUUCCCAAACCAAAUAUGUACGUGAAGUGUUACUAAGCCCAGAAUUCAGAGCAAAAUACAGAGAAACAAAAUUUUUAAAAAAUCACAGAUUUCAAGCAAAACUGUCUGGGCAGUAUAAACAUGAAUAUUUUAGAUACAAGACCCACAGACUCAUAAAUGCAGUCAUCUACAUAUACAGAAUUCUAGGAUAACAGACUGAAAAGACUGCAAUACCACUCUAGUAAAGCCUGGAUGUAAACCAGUAAGGCUAAAACCAAGUCCCCUAGAUAAGCAUUUGAGGAAAACACAGAUGAAGUGCAGUCAGUGGUACUUAUGGGUAUCUGGCCAGGUAACACUGGCAAUCUUAUAUUUAAACAAGCCUUGUUUGGCUCUUUGCUUAGCCAUGUUCCUGCCUUCCUAGGGGCUGAGGGUGGCAACCUACGCAGCGAUCUCUUUGUUGAGCUGUGGCUAAUGUUUACCAUAGGAUUGAGAACCAGUAGUUUGGUUUGUCUCCAACAGCGGCAUAAAAAGACACUAGUCAGGGGGAGCAUACGUGAGCCUGUCCAUCUCCUCCCAGCCAUUCCUCUCUAUUGCUCUAGUAUCCAGGCUGGGUGCAUUAGGUGUGUCAGAGGGUAAAUCCCUGCCUACUCGCUUCAGAAUCUGAAUGUGGAGCCGUUGACCAGGAGCACCUAAGCCUUUUUGAAACCUGCUGCUGCUGUCUCACUUCCACAGUCCCCUGUGUAAAGGACUGCCUUCUCCUUUUGUUUAUUUUAAACUGAUCUGAUCUCCUUUUAGUUUUAUUGGGUUCUUUACUCACUCCAUAUUUAGCUUGCCUGCCACCGGUGUUACGUGGUAGGCUUAUCAAAUUGCAGGACAGAAAGGUCAGUUUGCCACUACUAUAUGCCAAGCUGCAGACUGGUGGAUGGCUUCCCUCGGACACUGAGGCAGGCACUUGGUUCUCCUCCCAUCUUCCUCAUAAGUCAGGUAAGUAGGUCCAAAAUAAUUUGGUACUUCUCAGCUGAGUGCAGCUAGAACUCUCUUUUUUUGCAGUAGUUGCAAAUGAAGCUUCACUAACAGUCAUGAUUAGUUAAAACCUGCGACCCACAUGGCGCCUGCAUGUUGUCUGCAGUUCCAUCUUCCUCAUGUCAGAGCUAACAGAAAUUACAAAGGCUCCAUCAGAAAACCACCAUUAGGUCUACCAUUAAUUGCCCUUCUGAGAAAACGUACCAGUACACAGAAACCAUGCUGCUACCAAGCCAGCCUUGACCCUGGAAACAGAUUCACCUUAAUCAAAAAAUUUGUAAACAGAGAGAUCUUUUUAAAAAAUACACAAUACGAUCCAACUAAAAAGCAGUGAGACUGAACCACAACGUCAGAGAGGGGCAUAAAAUUUAAAAUGUAUCUUCAAUUUUAAAAAGUACUUUCAUUGCUGAAUUGUCAAGGAAUACUUAGCACAACCCUAAACUGAACUAGAGGACAUCGCUUCUUGCAGCAUGCUACUGUUCUACUGAACGGGCUCCCACAUUUUCUUGUUUUCCUGAUUCAAUAGGCACGUCGUGAAAUACAUCUGUUCAUAUGUGAAAUGAGGGCUCAUUCAUAAUGCAGGUACACCUAAACGCUUCUAGACCUUCCCACCUUCCGUGCACCCAAAGGGCAAAAAGAUUAAAAAAUAUAUAUAAAAACACAACAACUUUCACCACCUUUGAUAUAUCACUUACUGCUUCUAAUAUGACUAACAAUUACUAAGAAUUAAUUAUCUAAACAACACAUUCAUGGUUUGCAUUUCAGAUAGAAUGUUUGCAAUGAAGUACGCACCUAAAUCCUGAAUUUCACCUUUUCUGGCAGUUUUUGUAGUUUCCCACUGAACAUACGACAGGACCGUAUGCCUCUAAAUUUGUAGUGGCACAAUGUAUGAUUAAUCUAUAGAUAAUACAGUAUAAUUCCUUUCUGCGAUGCCUGUCCAUCACCUAGGCACUUCACUACAACCUGGAAUUAAGGCAAGUGGUAAAAAUCAUACAGAUGACUUGAAAAUGUUAAACCAAACGCUGGUGACAGGCCAUAAUCAUGAAUUUAAAAAAAUAAAUAAAUAAAGGAUAAAGCCAGAAUCCUUCAGGAGUUUAGGCACCCAGCUAUUUCGAGACACAUGGCUGACUUCAGUGGGACUGUUCAUAUUGAAUGAAGUGAAUUCUGAGUAUCAGCCUUUGCAGAAUCAGGACCCAAGCAUGAAAUGCCUCAGUGCUGUGCAAACACAAUGGCUGGAAAGAAGAUACACUUGUAACCAACAAAAAAAAUAAUUGGCUGGAACACUUGUAUUUUUGGUUUUGUACACCAGUGGGCUGCUGCUGCCUUUUUUUUUUGACAAUGGGGAAGCCACUCACGUGACAAUUCCCAGCGUUGCUGCAUUUUGAUGUCUCCAGGUGAUGGACUCUAAGUGCAAAUCAGUUACCGUUACUGCACAGCACAACGCCGUGGAUACAAUAAUGCUUUCAGACAAAACACUGCCAAGAAUGCCAAAAACAUUCCGUUUAGCCGGACAGUAUUUUAGACAUUACGCGUAGGCCAGCUCUAAGAAGCCCAGGUCCCACAAGCCUGACAACUGCAUUGUCACAGAGCCGGCUGGUGGCCUGCAUGACAAAGCAGCAAUCCCACAGCAGCACGGGUCCAUCCCAAACCACACUCCCCCUGAUCUCCCGCAGCCUGUCUUUGCCUCGCUAACCCCAGUGCCUCUGGUUUUGCGGAGAUUAUCUGAGGAUUUAUUUUCAAGGAACAACAGCUCUAAGGGAGAACCGGUUAUCUGAGGUGCAGCUUAUAUGCAUGAGAAUACGGACACUGAUUAGACACAUGCCUCUUCCCCUUCUCCCUCCCAGGGCUGAGGGCUCUACUACAGGAGCAGACAGACCAGAAGAGCAAAAUAAUCAUCCUGAAGAGCUGGGCUUUUAUUGGCAGCUUACAGUGUUUCAGCUCCGAUAGACAGUAACCUCCCUCACUUCAGAACCGCGGGAUGAAAUGGCUGCGCUGUUUAUUGCCACACCAGAAAAGCAAUAUACUGCAAAUAAGAUCGGCAGAGGUGAAAUCAUGAAAUCAUCUGCCUCGAAACAAACAAACAAAAACCCACGAUCUAAAUGAAAUUACAGCUCUUGUGGGUUUCUUUAUUUCGUCUUGGGGGUCUUGAGGGAGUAUUUUGGGGGUACUAAAGAUGGAUAAGCGGGUCUGUAAUGAAGAAGUGAAGAAUUAUAAACACCAAUCUCUCACAGUCUCUCAUUUUGGCAUUCUGAGCAGUCUGUGCGUAUCAAAGAACGUCAGUAUGUACAAUCAGCUGGGAGCAGAUGAAGCUUGAACUCUCAUAAGGUCACAGGUAUUCACAUCACCUCCAGCAAUAUCAAAGUUUUAAACCUCAGAAGAACUAAAUUAUUCCCACCUUUUCAGUUCAGAGGCUUCCCUCUUGAGCUAUGAUAAGAACUAAUCUCAGUGCUGGACAAAAGAAUAAAGUCUGUAAGUUCUCAUCUAUCCCUACUAAGGUCUAUUUAAGUGCUUCCUACUUUGGUACAAGCAACAAAUGUAAUUGCUUCAUGGCCUGCGGGUGUUCGUUUAACAAAAGAAGCUUUUGUGAAUAAACCACAGGUGUUACCUUUCUUGAUUAAAGUGAAAUAUGAUGAAAGAA